AUGUCUUCAAAGGGUUAUGUGUUUUUUCAAUUAAAAACACAGUCAACACAUAUAACUGUAAAAAAAGGAACAUAUAGGCUUGUUUAUUUUUCAUGUGUAGAUAAGAAAAUAAAAGGAUUUAAUGCAAAAAUUAUUCAAGGAUAUACAAAAGAUGGUAUUUAUCAUUAUCUUAGUUCUGGAGAAUAUCCAAUGAUUAGGAUAACAGAAUUUUUUGGAUUUAUUUUAUUAGUAGUAAUAUUAUAUGAUUUGUACUUAUUACAUAAACGUGAAACUCAUACUGUGCAAACGCUUAUUACUGGAUUUGGUAUUAUUCUUUUCUUCCAUCUUUGUUUUGAUGUCUUAACAUUAAAAGCAACUGAUUCUAAAGGAAUCUCUAAUAUUCGAUAUUUUGAUUAUACCUUUCGUAUAAUAGAGACUUUGUCAUUUUAUAUAGUCACAUUACUUGUUGCUUCUGGGUGGUCAAGAAAAAGUAAAUUCAGUUUUGAACAGAAAAAAACUUUAUUAUUUUUUAUACUUCUUCAAGUUCUUUCAAAUAUAUUAUAUCUUGUUGCUAAAGAAAAUGAAUUAGUAAAUACACGUGUAACUUCUGUAUUAAGGUUGAUUGAUAUCAUAUGUAGUAUUUGUAUUCUCUUCCCUUUAAUCAAAACAUUAAAUUUAUUAAAAAAAAAUACUGGUACUGAAGCAAAAACAUUAAAGCAAUACCAAAGAUUUAGUAGAUGUUAUUCUAUAUUACUUACUAUUGCUUAUUUUAAAAUAUUAAUUGCAUAUAUUAAUGAUAUUGCUUCAACAAGAGAAUUUGAUUUUAUUUAUUUGUCUGUUGAUAAAGCUCUUUAUAUUAUUUAUUCAAUUUAUUUAAUGAUUGCCUUUCGACCUAAAAAGAUUAUUUCAUCAUCUGAUGAACCAAAAGAAUUAAUGACAGAAAAUUCUUUCGAUGAGACUAAGCAAGAAAUUUCUAAAAAUACAAAAAAUUAUCAACAAGAAGUAUCACUAAGUUCUUUUCCUACCGAAAUGUCUCAAAACGAAGAGAUUAAAAGUGUAGUUUUACUUGACAAUAAUGAACACCAAGAAGACAAAAUUUCAACUACUCAUAAUAAAAAUGAUAUUUUUGUUGAACUUGAGUAA